AUGGGAGUGAGCCAUUGGUACAGCAGCGGCGUCCUUGAGCGCCUGGCCGGCUCUUCCCCCUGGGCGCAGGUGGCCGCCCAGCGCCUCGCCUGCGGCGAGCUCAACGCCUCCGACUGCGGGGAGAGCUGCGAGGUCUCCGCGGGGCUUUGCGGCCCGAGGAGGAGCUGGCUGGCCCGAAGCUUGGCGGCGGCACAGCUGGACGCCAAGUGCGGCUUGCUGGGGCAAAUCAUGGCGCAGGAGGCCGUGUGCUCGGAGUCCAACGCGUCGAGCUGCGCCCUGCGCUGCGCCUGGGACCCGCGCCGGGACGCCUGCGGCGUGGCACAACACGCAGUCACGGGAGACCUGCGCCAGGACUUUCGCGAGGAACUGGCGAGAGUGGCGCUGCGACAGCAGCGCUGUCUCCAGAGGAGCCAGGAGGAGUGCACGGGCUCAUGCACCUGGACCGGGACCUGCACCUUGAAGACCCUGGAAGCACUGCUUGCCGUCAUCGAUGAAGACUGCCCCCUCAGGACUGUGCUUGGAGUGCAGGCAGCAUGCGGGGAGCUGGUCACCUCCGCAAGCUGCCAGGCGGCCACCGAUGUGCGGGGCCUGCCGGCGUGUCUCUGGACGGGGCGCUGCGUGCCGGAGACCGCGGCCCUGGAGCUGCAGCUCCUGGCGCAGGCGCAGCUCCUCACGCCGCAGCUGGAGGAGGUGAUGUCCGCAGCCAUCGGCCGCUGUCAGAACUCCAGCUGCGACGCAGAUGUCUUCUGCCCGGAGGACUUGCCUCUGCCCUCCAAAAGCCUCCGCAGCGCGGGAAGCCUCGCGCUCCUGGUGCUCGCGGCGCGGAUCUGA